CCGGGUUCCUGAGUCGCGUGCGUCGGCAACGGUAGUGACGCGUAUUGCCGAGAGGAUGGCGGACGCCGGCUUGCGCCGCGUGGUUCCCAGCGAUCUGUAUCCCCUCGUGCUCGGCUUUCUGCGCGAUAACCAGCUCUCGGACGUGGCCAAUAAGUUCGCCAAGGCAACAGGCGCUACCCAGCAGGAUGCCAACGCCUCUUCCCUCUUGGACAUCUAUAGUUUCUGGCUCAAGUCCACCAAGGCCCCAAAGCGGAAGUUACAGGCAAAUGGACCAGUGACUAAGAAGGCUAAGAAGAAGACUUCAUCCAGUGACAGCAGUGAGGACAGCAGCGAGGAGGAAGAAGCCCAGGGGCCUCCUGCUAAGAAAGCUGCUGUACCUGCCAAGCGAGCCAGUCUGCUUCAGCAUCCUGGAAAGGCUGCAGUCAAGGCAUCAGAGAGCAGCAGCAGCAGUGAAGAAUCCAGUGAUGAUGAGGAAGAGGACAAAAAGAAAAAGCCUGUCCAGAAGGGAGUUAAACCCCAAGCCAAGACAGUCAAAGCUCCUCCUAAGAAGGCCAAGAGCUCUGAUUCUGAUUCUGACUCAAGCUCAGAGGAUGAGGUGCCAAAGAACCAGAAGCCAAAGACAACACCCGUGGCAGCUAAAGCUCAGGCUAAAGCCCCAGCCAAACCAGGUACACCAGCUCGGCCAGCAGCUAAAGUAGUCAACGGCAAAGCAGCUGGUAGUAAUAGCAGCAGCAGCAGUAGCAGCAGCAGCAGUGAUGAUGACUCAGAGGAGGAGAAGGCAGCAGCCGUAUCUAAGAAGACUGUACCUAAAAAGCAAGUUGUGGCCAAGGCCCCAGUGAAAGCAGCUGCCGCUCCUGCCCAAAAGAGUUCCAGCAGUGAGGACUCCUCCAGUGAGGAGGAGGAGGAGGAAGAGCAGAAGAAAAAACCCAUGAAGAAAAAACCAGGUCCCUAUAGUUCAGUUCCCCCGCCUUCUGUUCCCCCACCCAAGAAGUCCCUGGGAAUUCAGGCUCCCAAGAAAGCUGCAGAGAGGCAGCAGCCUGUGGAGAGCAGUGAGGACAGCAGCGACGAGUCUGAUUCAAGUGCUGAGGAAGAAAAGAGACCCCCAGCUAAGGCAGGCAUCUCCAAAGCAACUACUAAACCAGCUCCAGCAAAGAAGGCAGCAGAGAGCUCUUCAGACAGCUCAGACUCCGACAGUUCUGAGGAUGAAGCUCCUGCUAAGCCAGCCAGUACCACCAAGAAUUCCUCAGGUAAGCCAGCUGCCACUCCCAAGCAGUCUGCGGUUAAGCCGGCUACAACUCCCAAGCAGCCUGCAGCCAGUGGCCAGAAGCCUCUGACCAGAAAGGCUGAUAGCACCUCCAGUGAGGAGGAGAGCAGUUCUAGUGAGGAGGAGAAGACAAAGAAGAAUGUAGCCACCCCUAAGUCCAAGGUGAUGGCCAAAGCAGCUCCGUCUUUGCCUGCCAAGCAGGCCUCUCAGGGUGGUGGGGACAGCAGCUCUGAUUCAGACAGCUCCAGCAGCGAGGAAGACGAGGAAGAGAAGACGCCUAAACCCCCAGCCAAAAAGAAGCCACAGAAGGCAGGGGGAACUGUAGCCCCUUCCAAACCAGCCUCUGUGAAGAAAGCAAAGGCCGAGAGCAGCAGCACUUCUUCCUCUGAGGACUCCAGUGAGGAGGAGGAAGAGGAGAAGCCCAAGGGCAAGGGCACUCCAAGACCACAAACCCCCAAGGCCAAUGGCACCUCUGCACUGACUGCCCAGAAUGGAAAAGCAGACAAGGACAGCAACGAGGAGGAGGAGGGCAAGAAAAAGGCAGCAGUGGCAGUUGCUAAGCCAGGUUCAGGAAAGAAGUGGAAGCAGAAUGAGGCUGCUAAGGAGGCAGAGACUCCUCCAGCCAAGAAGAUAAAGCCCCAGACCCCCAACACAUUUCCUAAAAGGAAGAAAGGAGAACGAAGGGGAUCCUCCCCAUUCCGAAGGAUCAGGGAGGAGGAGAUCAAGGUGGAUGCCCGAGUGGCAGACAAUUCCUUUGACGCCAAGCGGGGUGCAACUGGAGACUGGGGGGAGCGAGCCAAUCAAGUUCUGAAGUUCACCAAAGGCAAAUCCUUCCGGCAUGAGAAAACCAAGAAGAAGCGGGGCAGCUACCGGGGAGGCUCCAUCUCUGUCCAAGUCAAUUCUGUUAAGUUUGACAGCGAGUGACCGUGGAUCAUCUGUAGCACAGCAGGGGUGAUGAUCUGAGACCACUCACUUUCCCCAGUGGACCUGGGAACCCUCAACUUUAUCGGGGGAGGGUCUCGGUGAGGAGAGCAGUUUAGAUUAGGUCUGAAGGCUUUGCAUCGUAACAUCCUCUAAGGUCCUUUUCUGUGUUUGUGGUUUUGUACAGAUUUGUUUUUGAGUGUUGGGUAGCAAGGACAAGGUAAGGGGAGUGUUCUUUUUUAAGAAAAAUUGUUUUAGUUGUCAUUCUCCCUGUUUCGUGGAAGUUCUCAUACUGAGAAAUUUGUAUAUUUUACAUUAAAUCAUUUCCUAUUGAUUUUUGUUGUGGUUUUCAGAGGUGGGUUCACAGAUUAAAAUCAGCUAUCUUCCAAGAUGUGGUAAAGGUCACAUGUAUGAAUUUUUAUAGUUGGAUAAUUCUGUCUAUGGGAGUGCUUGCGUUCACGUUUCAUCCUUCCUACCCCUCAGGGCCCUGGUGAGGGGCGGUUAAGAAUGGUUAAUGUAUGUAUCUGUUAAGCAUGAGCUAUGUACCUCAUUCGUGGGGUCUAGGACUGAAGUUUUCAGCAGCAUGGACUUACCUACUUUGGGGGAUAAAAUUUACUCUUUUGUUUCAGGCAAAAUUCUGGUGUGGUGUGAAUGCCGUGGGGUCAGUCUGAAUAUUUCGUUUGCUAUAAUUUUAUUAUUACAUAAUGUUUGUAAUAUAUGUUUUUUAAUUUAAAAGCAUAAACUUUUUUAUUGUUCAAAGACAAUUUUUGAUUGGCUUGACCCUUAAGAGUGUCGAAUACUAAAUUGAGGGCUACAUCUUAUUUUUUUACAUUUUAGAGAACAAAAUAGCAUUAAUUUAAUCUGAAAAGCACAUAUCACUUGGUAUUUCUGUCUUGGUAGCAGUGGUGACACAAAAUUAGUUUCUUAGUUUCAUUAACUCCUACAUGGUUGGGAAUCACUGAUCAAGAAAGUGAAAGAAGAAAACCUAUAAUUAAAAACCUUAAUCCUCAGUAGGAAUUAGGUUACAUUAUUCAGGUGAAUUUAUAGGUAACCUGUAAAUGGAGGAUGAGAAGAAUCGUUACAAAGCAUUUUAUCUGGUAAUACUUGAGUUAGAGUGGUGUUGGGAGAGCAUCCUAACAGGAUUAUUGUGUCUUGUAGUUGGUGCACGGGAGCAACUGAUGUGCCCCCUUCAGAACGUUGACUCUCAGUAACAGUGGAGGUAACAGUAAAAAACAGUGAGCAGAGAUAUGACUCUUAGGCCAAGCAGGCUGAUCAUAAAGCUGUAGGAGAUGACUGUUGGCAGCGCUCAGCCAGAGUAAGAUUGGGAGGAAAGUCAACGAGUUCUCCGAGUUCUCUGGGGCUGGUCUGUCCCUGUGUUGGGAAAGUGUGCCCUCGCUUUAUGGAUGAGGUGUAACUUAAGGUUAGCUUCCCCUUGUUUGGGUUCCACAGAUAACCUGGUUUUCUGUGUCACUGCCUCUAGGAAGAAAAUGUGCUCUUCACGCUGACAUACGUAUUCAGUCUGCAUGGUAAAAGUUCUACAUCUUACUAAAAAAUAAUAAGCUGGCUGGUUUAUAAUGUAUCUUGGGAGUUUUAUUAAUGUGAGUCCAAAGCUCUCCCACCUCCACUCGGAACAACUUGGGUGCCAGUUGGAGGGCUGGGGCCCAGACCUGUGGGUUCACUGUGGAGCCUUCUUGACUAUUCCUUAUCUCAUGGUACCUUGUCUCAUGGUGCCUUGUCCAGGCAAUAGACCAGCCUGUGCGUAGUCUAAAUUGGGGAUUGGCAAAAUGGCCCAUGGGCCAGAUCCAGUCCAUGGCUUGUUUUUGUGUUGCUCAGGAGCUAAGAAUGCUUUUACAUUUUUUAAAGGGCUUUAAAAAAAAAAACGUGACAGACUUUAUGUGACCACAAAGGAUAUAAUGUUUACUAUCUGGCCUUUUACAGUUUGCAAAACCCUGGCCUAAAUCAGUGAUUUCACAACACUGGCUGAAAAUUAGAAUUAUCUGGGGAUCUUUUAAAAACACUGAUACCCAGGGACCCAUCUGCUGAUCGGUUGAAUCAGAUCCUGGUGCUCUCUGGUGGAUUCUGGGAGUUAAGAUUUUUUAAAGCUCCUAGGUGAUUCUAAAGAGCAACCAGAGCUGAAAACCACUAAUCUAAGAGUAUCUGAAAAGAAAUGAGUUGGUAAUUUUUCUUUCCUCCCCUUAUGCUUUCAUUUUCAAAUGUACUUGUUAAAUCUAAUAGUAUAAAGUAAAAAUUAAAUUUCUGUUUUAUCCCCAUUUUCUGGGACUUGAUUCUUUUGUCUCUUUCCAGGGAGUUCCUCUGUGUGUACUACUACAUGCAUCCUCUCCCCUUUCUCCUCACACAUAUGGAGUAGCUUGCUAUAUGCAGUGUUUCAUAACUUUGUAGCUCAUUUUUAAUGACCCCAUUGUAUGGAAGUAGCAUAGAUUAUUUUAAGUAGUACCUUAUUGGUAGCUGUUCAGGUUGUUUUAGUGUUUUGUUAUUAUAAAUAGUGCCAUAGUGGAUAUUUUAUACGUGAGACUGAGUAUUCGUGUGGGUAUUUUUAUAGGGAAUAGUUUAAGAGUGAUUGUUGGGUCAAAGGAUGUGUACGUUUAACGUUUGUUCAUCAUUGCUCUGCAAAACCAUUGUACCAACUUGUAGUUCCAACAACACUUUAUGAAAGUACCUCUUUGCUUGCCCUCUUGCCAACACUUAACCAAGUUGAUCUUUGCCACUUGGAUAAAUGAUAAUGCUCAGUUUUUUAAAAUUGUGGUAUAAAACAUUAAAGUUGCCAUCUUAACCACU